UUGCUUCAACAUGCAAGUAUAAACUGAUUUUUUGAUUCUUAUUUUGAAGUGAUAGCUGCAGGAGACACAGAUCUUUGGGAUGUGAAGUGCAUGUGAAUAGAUCCAGAAAGAACAAGAAGGACUUGGAACCUGCAGCUGUCCAUGACCCGAGUGCUCUGAGGUCAAGUUGUCGUGACCUCUUAACCUGCUUUAGGAUCAACUUCAAUAAGGGGAGAUUACAAGUUGAGGCAAAUUAGACUCGCAAGGGAAACAUCCAAUUCUCCUGGCUUAAUUUAUUUUGUGAAGAAGAGAAGUUUUGGGGGAAAUAUCUCUGGUGGACACCUUCAGCCAGCUUCAGCCAACAAGCUUCAUCAGCUCAACCUUGCCUUGAGGAAGCCCCCACAAGACUGACCGGUAACUGUCACGCUGUUGCGCCCAAGAUGACAUUCGCCAUGCUGCGCACGGCACCCCCCGCGGGCCGCUUCCUGUACGGCGACAUCGCCCUUCUCUCCGAAGACGAUGACGAGAACGGCAGCGAGGGCUCGGGCUCCGAGGAGCGUACCAGCAAUUCCUCCAACGCCGCCUUUCGCUUGUCCUCGUCUUCCCCAUCUGCCUUUCACAUCAAGGUGAACAGGAAGAGGAAGCUGUGCGGGGGAGGAGGCGGAGGGAUAGAAGUAGGGGGCAUGGCCGCGAGACUGGUCCCCCCGGACUCAUCUCCACCUAAGGAAUAUCGCCAGAGGACCGCGGCCAACGCGCGGGAGAGAGAUCGCACCAAUUCUGUCAACACAGCAUUUACAGCGCUGCGCACACUCAUCCCCACCGAGCCUGCAGACAGGAAGUUGUCAAAGAUCGAGACGCUGCGUUUGGCCAGCAGCUACAUAAGCCAUCUGGGUAACGUGCUGCUCCUGGGCGAAGGGCUUCAUGACGGACAGCCCUGCCACGCUCCCUCACCGCCGUUUUUCCAUGUCAGCUCCUCCCCCAACCGAGGAUCCGACCAAUCAGCGCAGCCCAAGCACAUCUGUACCUUCUGCCUCAGUAACCAGAGGAAAAUGAAUAAAGACAGAGACAGGAAGACCGCCAUAAGGAGCUAACAACGACGACACGAGCCACGUGGAUAAAAUGCUCAUCACUUGCUUACAGCGAUUUUUAAAAUUACUGCAACUUGAAGACUAACCAGACUCAAAGACUUUUGAAGGACUCCUUGUAGCACUUCCAGGAUUUUCCAGGAACAUUUUAACUAAAGUUUGCAUUUUG